CGCGAGUUCACGUCAAUUUUCGUGACAAUCAAUCGAUAGAAAUUUUAAUAGAAGAAAAAAUUAAACUCAAAAUGAUAAUUAUCACGGUGUUUUUUACGCUCUUUCUAAUCGAAUGCAAUGCUGUUGGUGAUUGUUGGCUUCCUUCCGAAAAGGACUUUAAUGUCGAUGAUUUUCAAUAUGAAGGAGAUCCAAUUUAUUUCGCGUGCAUCAAUGACGUUUCCCAGCUCCAAUUUCAUAUCACCAAAGUCGAAAAUGGAAGCUUGCCAUUGAGUUUAAUUGAUGCAUUGGACAAUGGAAAAGGUCUAUCUCUAUUUUUUCAUGGGAUCUCUUUCAUGAUUACAGAUGACGAUGAUCUUGAUUUUGAAUUUGCCCAAGAUUGGUUUUUAGCAUCCAAAAACAAUGUUUGCGUCGUAUCAUAUGACUAUGAAAUAAAACGUUCGAUUGGUUAUCAAAUGUAUUGGAAUUUAAAACGUAUGGUGUCAACCAAACGGCUUGAAUAUGUAGCAAAGCAAGCACGUGACUUGGUAUUGGGCAUACGGCAUAAAUGUUUGGAAACUACUCACCGGCAGUGUCUCAGGCAUAUGGGACAAGUUGAUGCGAGUGGCUUUAGUUUCGGUGCACAUAUUGCUGGACGCUUUUGUGAGUACUUGCAAGAAAAAACUGGCGAACAAGUUAGAAUUUUAUUGGCGUUAGAUCCCUCAAAAUCAUUUCCAUUGUCACCAAAACCCACGAAUACCAUCAUAAGCAGUCAUGCUGAAUUCGUUCAAGUCAUUCAUACAUCAAUGGCGGGCAUUUCCCAUCAAAUUCCAGGAGUUUCACAUAUCUUCGUGGAUUAUACGUCAAGCUCAUCUUUUUUCAGUGCUUUGAGUGAAAAGCAUGUGUUGGGAUUUCUUUUGCAUGUUGCAACAGCCACCAAACGACUUUACAUAAUCGCUGAUAAAAAUGGAAAUGGUAGAUUUAUAAAUGGAAUCGAACAUUUUGAUAUUCCUGAACUAAAAGAGAACGAGUGUUUAGUUGGCAUAUAUGCGCCCCAUGGCCAAUGGAACUGUGGAGGGAGGUUUGAAAUUUCGUUGAAAAAUCAAACCAAUAUUUUAUGGGCAGCACUUGGCCACUUUACUCGUUUGCUUUAACUUCUUUCGCCGGUGGUUAUGGAAUGUUGACUUAUUUGAAUAUUUAAUUUCUAGUUUUUAAUUAAUUAUUUUCUAAUGUCAACAUCGUUUCAAAGUCAUCCAAUAAAAUAAAUAUAAAUACAAACAUG